CGUUUUUCAGUCUCGUGGGUUGCCCCUGAUGAUUUGCUUUCAGUCUCGUGGGUUGGGAAGCUCCUUGAUUGCUUCCUGUGUUGCCAAGAGGAAUUCAGAGCCAUUGUCCGUGCCCAGAAGACACAGGUGUUGAGACCUCCCUUGGAUCGCAUGGUGUCUGAUUACUUUGACUGCAGUGUUAAGGCUUUGGAUGUUUGUAACGCUAUUCGUGAUGGGAUUGAGCAGAUUCGCCAAUGGCAGAAGCUUUUGGAGAUUGUUGUCUAUGCAUUGGGGAAUCAGAGGAGCAUUGGCGAGGGCCAAUUUCGAAGAGCUAGGAAGGCCCUCGCUGAUUUGGCAAUUGGGAUGCUUGAUGAUAAGGACUCCAAUGCCUCAAUUGCAAAUAGAAAUCGGUCCUUUGGCCGCAACACUGGUUGUAAAGAUCAUCAUCAUAGCCAUAGUCAUGGUUACAGUCAUAGUAGCGGUAGUGGCUAUCAUCAUCGGUCUUUAGGGCAUUUUUGA